GUUUCUCUCUUCUUGAAACACAGGCGUUUCGGCCGUAUAGAAGAAUAGAAGAAACACGAAUUCCUUCCUCAUAUUCAUUUCACAGCUGCAGCGAGAGCAAUUUGCUCUGAUCGCGUAACGUCGUCGUUUCGUUCCCCACUUCCCUUCGAUCUCACCAGUGGAUAAAGUAUAUUGACUGUGGAAAAAUGCCUGCACAAAAGAUUGAAACUGGUCACCAAGAUGUGAUCCACGAUGUGGCGAUGGAUUACUAUGGUAAGCGUGUUGCCACAGCCUCAUCAGACCAUUCCAUUAAGAUAAUUGGGGUGAGCAAUACAACCUCUCAGCAUCUUGCUACAUUAACUGGCCACCAAGGACCUGUUUGGCAGGUAGUCUGGGCUCACCCGAAAUUUGGGUCUUUGCUCGCUUCAUGUUCUUAUGAUGGGCACGUGAUAAUUUGGAAGGAGGGUAAUCAAAAUGAGUGGACCCAAGCUCAUGUCUUCAAUGACCACAAGUCCUCUGUCAAUUCUAUUGCUUGGGCUCCUCAUGAACUAGGUCUUUGUUUAGCAUGUGGCUCCUCCGAUGGGAAUAUCUCAGUUUUCACGGCAAGACCGGAUGGUGGUUGGGACACCUCGAGGAUCGACCAAGCUCAUCCAGUUGGUGUAACUUCUGUUUCAUGGGCUCCCUCAACUGCGCCUGGUGCUCUUGUUGGUUCUGGCUUGCUUGAUCCUGUUCAGAAGCUCUGCUCAGGUGGUUGUGAUAAUACUGUGAAGGUCUGGAAGCUCUAUAAUGGGAUUUGGAAGAUGGAUUGCUUUCCAGCUCUUCAGAUGCAUACAGAUUGGGUUCGUGAUGUUGCUUGGGCACCCAACUUGGGACUUCCAAAAUCUACAAUUGCAAGUGCCUCACAGGAUGGCAAAGUCAUCAUAUGGACCGUGGUCAAGGAGGGGGAUCAAUGGGAAGGCAAGGUUUUGAAUGAUUUUAAGAGUCCUGUCUGGAGGGUCUCCUGGUCGCUGACAGGAAACAUAUUGGCUGUGGCUGAUGGAAAUAACAGUGUGACAUUGUGGAAGGAAGCAGUAGACGGGGAGUGGCAACAGGUUUCCACAGUUGAGACUUAGUAUCCAUAUUACUUUUGCCCUUGAAGUGCUGGAUUCUGUUCUGAAUCUUUUUCAUCAUGUUUUAGGACAUAUUGUUUCUUUACAUUUUCAUGUAUCUUAGUACUUUGCCUGAUAUUUUUGAAAGUUUGAAACUUGGGAGAUUUUAUCAAAACCCUAGACUUGCCAGAAACAAAUGUGGAUUGUAGUUUGUCAGAAAUUCUCUUGAAAUUUGUUGAUGAUUGGUCGUUGUGGAUUUCUUA